CUUCAGCGGGUGAACUGGAGCUCGUGUCACUGCUCGUGGGUUGUUGUUUUUUUAAUUUAUUCCAGAGAAGCUGCGGCUGGUGUUUUUUUCACCUCUUGUUCCAGAUGUGGAAUGAAAAAGGAGAGGCAGGUUUUACAGGUCGUUUCAGUGUCAGAGCGUCAUGAAGAAGCGCGGAGCAAAGCAUCCAAAGUGGCACUAGGGCAGUAGCCUCCUGCUCUCCGUCUCUCUCCCUCACCACACACCAGCACUGUUUGGCUGAGCAGCGAUGGCCAAGUGGCUGAAGGACUACCUGAGCUUUGGCAGCAGGAAGGUGCCCCCGCAGCCGCCCACGCCAGACUACUCCGAGAGCGAGAUCCUCAAAGCGUACCGGCUCCAGAGGGACCUGGACUUCGAGGAUCCCUAUGAGGACUCCGAGAGCAGGCCCAGGGCCGAGUCUGGGCCGUCUGACCCUGCCACGCCGGUGUACGGGUCACCCAUGAAGUCGUCCAGCGUGGACCCGAAGUCCCCCAAGCACAGACUGAUCAAAGUGGACUCCCAGGAGCUCGGGCGCACCAAGAUCCUCCUCAGUGCCGUCUCUAUAGAGGAACAGCUAGAGCCUGUGGUGCCCUCUGCUCCGCUGGCAGGGGACACCGACUAUUCUGAUCCUUUCGACGCUCGGUUGGAUCACCGGCUGGAGACGGACCUCGGACCCGUUCCCUGCGAGAACAACGGCUACAUGGAGCCGUACGAAGCCCAGAGGGUGAUCACAGAGCUGCAGCGUGGCCCGGGAGGAGGACGGCUGCGUGGCGGGCUGCAGCUCUACGACACUCCCUAUGACGACGAGCGAGGACAGCGACUGGGCCUCGUGUACGGAGAAGCUCAGGACGAGGGCAAGGAGAGCAGCCGGCUGCCGCAGGAUGACGAGAGGCCGGCUGACGAGUACGACCAACCCUGGGAGUGGAAGAAGGACAACAUCUCCAAAGCCUUCGCAGUGCAGUUUGACGGCGCAGAGUGGGACCGCUCCUCGUCGCCCACAGAACGCUUGCGUCCUCCGGGGCCGUGGUCCAGCCCGCUGGCAGGGGGGGGGAAGAAGUUUCGUAUGCCGCAGGAAGGCUUGACCAUGGUUGGGGAGAGGGUGGACGCCAGUGUUCCUCUGGAAAAGCAGGUAUGGUACCACGGAUCACUGUCUCGUUCUGAGGCAGAGUCGCUGCUAAUGCUGUGUAAAGAGUGUAGCUACCUGGUGAGGAACAGUCAGGCCACCCGCUCCGACUUCUCCCUGUCCCUACGGAGCUGCCAGGGUUUCAUGCACAUGAAGUUCACGCGGUGUAAAGACGGCAAGUACGUGCUGGGUCAGAACAGCCCUCCGUUUGACACCAUCCCAGAGGUGAUCCACUUCUACACCACGCACAAACUCCCCAUCCGGGGUGCCGAGCACUUGUCCCUGCUGUUCCCCGUGCUGGUGCAGACACUCUGACUGACUCCCUCUGGACCUCCAGGAUUUCAUUGAGCUCAGACAAUUAAAAACUUGAAUGUUUGACGGGGUCUUCCCAGCGGAGUGCCAUCAACUGUAGCCCUGUAUUGGACCGGACUACUUUUGAUGAAUCGACACACCACAGAGCCAAUGCCUUCACCCACCACUGCUGUUGUACCUGUGCCAAGAGUGUCUAAACAUCCGGGAGGAUUGAUUCACAUUAAAUGCAAUACCUGAACUUUAAGCCACCUUUGUUGUAACUUCUCUCCCUCAUAUCCUUUUGCUAAAUCAAGGGGUUUACAAUGUCAGGACAUCUGAAAUUGUCUCUUUCUUGACUACAUGUCUCUCACCACUGUCUGAAAGGGGAGAACGUCUGCAUAUUCUAAACCUCCCCAGUUCACAGAAGAGCUGCAGAAGAUUGAGAUAAACGACUGCUGCUCCACAGAAAUGCACCUCAUCCACACUGGUCAAAAUAUUGCUGUUGUCAGGUGAAAACCUUGCAAGUUCUAUUUUGCUUAUUUUUCAUAUUUGAACCAGAAUCCAUAAAUUGAAUUGUACUAAAUAUGGUGAGAAACUUUUGUCAUCCCCUGGGCUCAGAAACCCUGGUUAUAAAUUGAAAGAGAAUAUUGAUUAAAAAAAAAAUGCUAUUUUUGAAGAAAAAAGGUUUUUACCCACAACAGUGAUGUUUUAAAUGCUUUUCUACAAAAAGCCACACAGUUGAUUUUCAUUCAGUCUGUUCUGUGGCGUCACGCUGCUGCUGUAUGUUGAUGAUUUGCUUGACACGUCUCCAUGUUACUUGUUGAUUGUUCACUGUAAGCAACAGAGAGGCUGUGUUGUAUUGGUACUCGUGCUGACCUUGCUGACCUGUAUCUCUUGUUGGUUGCCUACGUUGCAAUUGGUAGACAAUGCUGGGUUUUAAAAAAAAAAGAAAGAAAAAAAACAACAACCCCUCUCACGGCUUUCAUUGUCUUUUCACUGAUUUAAAGAUAAGCUACGUUUGAGAGCUGAGACGACAUCCGAAGCUAAUGGAGGACUCACACUGAAGCCUUGUCUGGAGUUCAAUGCAGAUCUGAAAGCAGCGACAGUUUCAUGCUCGAGACACACAACAUAACCUAUAAAGAGGUGCACAGGAAAUAAAAUCCACAACCAGUAAUUUUACCAUACAUAACACAAGGAACGCGACUUAGCGGAACCACAAUUCAGUUUGGCAACGCCUGACAUCACCCUAUUCAAAGUCAAUGACCAGCGUCUCGGUUUAAGUGUCUUACGCUUAUGUAUGAGUCCAGCGUAAGGGCACUGUCACACACAUAUGCAAAUGAAGCAGUGGUGAACCUUCACCUCCCAUUCACUUCCAUUCUGUGUGAGCAAGGGUCAUAUAAAACGUUUGCUUCCUGUUGUGAAGCAAAUCCUCAGUGUGGCUUUGCAAAAGUUCAACUUUGGUGGACUUUGGCCCGGGACAUCUCCCUGCAUUCCCGUAUUUGUGACUGGGACCUGAGAGAUGCUGAUCAGGAAGCACUGGACGCUCUGGACUCUCGAACCUGACAAAUGUGGGCCGUGUUCUCACACUUCCUACACUUUAUCACUGAUUUUCUGUCUGGCCAAGUCCUUUCAUGUUGGCGCGUGCAUCAUAUUUCAGUUUAUUGCUUUGCCAUCUGGAAUGAGCUUCCACGUCGGCUGCCCGGUUGCAGUGUUGGGUGGCACAAACAGAUUUCAGACGUUUGCCAUUACCAAACACGUUUAGGACUAUUAAAAGUUUUCUAUUGCCUCUGUUGCAU